CAAGGCUGGUCAGAACGUCUACGGAAUUGGGAGCACAGAUAUGCAGUUGGGACUGGAGAUUGGCGAGAGUCCGGAACUGGCAGGUGACAUUGGUAGGAGGUUGACCUUUAACCCCACGGAGCAUGUGGUACAGCGAGCCUUCGGUAGCGUCUGCUCCCAGAUGAUGCCUGCGGACAAGGCGGGCAUCCGGCAGAGGAGACAACAACAACAACAACAAAGUAAACAACAAGAACCACAGGGUAAACAAGCCAGCAAAAUGGUUCCAAAGAUCACCACCGACUCAGACACCGAGGCAGGGAUCGACCCCCCUGACCUCUUGACCUCCGACCCGGACCAUGUGAAAUCCACCCACCGUGUGAGAAAGACGUCUGAGAACGGGCCAGUCCCUUCAGAAGACCUGUCAGUGGAGGUCGUCGACUCCCAGCCGCUGAUCAGGGAACGGGAAGCGAGGGAAGAACAGAAGAGGGGAGAAAUGAAACACAAGGAAGAAACGGCGUUGACUAUAGCACUGGAAUGUUUCUUCCCUUACCUGGUGGCAGGGUUCGGAAUGGUGGCGGCAGGGAUGGUGCUAGAUAUUGUACAGCAUUGGCCAGUAUUUAUCCAGGUAUCAGAAGUGUUUAUCUUAGUUCCUGCACUGUUGGGGCUGAAGGGGAACCUGGAGAUGACGUUAGCCUCACGUCUCUCUACUGCUGCCAACCUGGGUUACAUGGACAACAGGAAAGAACAGUGGAGGCUGAUACUGGGCAACAUGGCUCUCACACAGGCCCAAGCCCUAGUGGUAGGUUUCCUAGCAGCGGUAGCGGCGAUAGUGUUUGGCUGGAUCCCUGAAGGAAAGUUUGACAUCCACCACGCCUUCCUGCUCACAGCCUCCAGUAUGGUCACAGCUUCACUGGCCUGCGCCAUUCUGGGUACGGUGAUGAUCGCUGUGGUGAUCCUGUCUCGGAAGUGUAAGGUGAACCCAGACAACGUGGCGACCCCGAUCGCUGCCAGUCUGGGCGACCUGACCACGCUGGCUCUACUCUCAUGGAUCAGUAAUGUUCUGUGGAGGGCCAUAACAGUGGAAGAUGGUGCAAGAUUCUGGAUGGCUCCGACGAUCACCGUAGCGUUUUUCUUAUCGGCACCGUUUUGGAUGUACAUCUCGCACAAGAACCCCCACACGAGAGAGGUGCUGAGACAUGGCUGGGAGCCGGUUAUAUGUGCCAUGGUCAUCAGCAGUGGAGGAGGCCUCAUCCUAGACUUUGCUGUUUCUGCAUACCAUGGCAUUGCAGUUUUUACUCCUAUCAUAAAUGGUGUUGGGGGUAACCUGGUGGCUGUCCAGGCCAGCAGACUGUCCACCUGGCUCCACACGAGAGGCAAGCCUGGGAAGCUGCCGGAGGGGGCCAUACACGGCUGUCCCAACCCUGUCAGAACAUUCUUCUCUUCAGGUGUCCACUCCAGGACGGCCAGGGUGCUGUUCCUAUUGGUGGUCCCGGGUCACCUGAUCUUCCUGUACCUGAUAGCGUACGCCAACGCUGGCCACACAACCAUCACGGCUAUCUUCACAGUGGUCUACCUCAUCGCAGCUAUGAUACAGGUUGCAAUCCUUCUGUUUGUGGCCAACUGGCUGGUCCACUACAUGUGGCUAAAGGGCAACGACCCCGACAACUGCACCAUCCCGUACCUCACCGCGCUCGGAGACCUGCUGGGGACGGGACUGCUCGCCGUGGCCUUCCAUACGCUCUGGCUCAUCGGUGACAGGGACAGCGAUGUUGGCGACUAGAGAGGGUUGUGCAGGUCACUAUUCAAUAGUCAAGACCAAGGCUAGAGGGUUUAGAUCCAUUUUGAACUUUAUGAUAUCCUGGUUAUUAUUCAAUGAUCACCCACUCACUACAGUACUUCACUAUUACAAUCACUGUGCCCUUCAACACACUCUGACUUAUUGGCAACAUGGACAGCGAUGUCGGCGACUAGAGAGGGCUGUGCAGGUUAUUAUCCGAUAAUCACCUGGUCAAUAUUCAAUCAUCACCCA